AUGGAACCCACCGCGCCAACCGCUCAGGCCCGGGCGGCGGCCACCAAGCUGUCGGAAGCGGUGGGAGCCGCGCUGCAAGAGCCCCAGAGGCAGCGGCGCCUGGUGCUGGUCAUCGUGUGCGUCGCACUCUUACUGGACAACAUGUUGUACAUGGUCAUCGUGCCCAUUGUUCCCGACUAUAUCGCUCACAUGCGCGGGGGCAGCGAGAGCCCUACCCAGGUCUCUGAGGUGUGGGAACCCACCCUGCCGCCGCCCACUCUGGGUAAUGCCAGCGCCUACUUGACCAACACCUCCGCCUCCCCGACGGCUGCCGGCUCGGCUCGGUCAAUCCUGCGGCCUCGCUACCCCACAGAAAGUGAAGAUGUGAAGAUAGGCGUGCUAUUCGCCUCCAAGGCCAUCCUGCAGCUUCUGGUGAACCCCUUAAGCGGGCCUUUCAUUGAUCGCAUGAGCUACGACGUGCCGCUGCUUAUUGGCCUGGGCGUCAUGUUCGCCUCCACAGUCAUGUUUGCCUUUGCAGAAGACUAUGCCACACUCUUCGCUGCGCGCAGUCUCCAAGGCCUGGGCUCAGCCUUCGCGGACACGUCUGGCAUUGCCAUGAUCGCCGACAAGUAUCCCGAGGAGCCCGAGCGCAGUCGUGCCCUGGGCGUGGCGCUGGCCUUCAUCAGUUUUGGAAGCCUAGUGGCGCCACCCUUUGGGGGCAUCCUCUACGAGUUCGCAGGCAAGCGUGUACCCUUUCUAGUGCUCGCCGCCGUGUCGCUCUUCGACGCGCUCCUGCUCCUGGCGGUGGCUAAGCCCUUCUCGGCUGCGGCUCGGGCGCGGGCCAACCUACCCGUGGGCACACCUAUUCAUCGCCUCAUGCUAGACCCUUACAUCGCGGUGGUAGCCGGCGCACUCACGACUUGUAACAUUCCCCUUGCGUUCCUCGAGCCCACCAUAGCCACGUGGAUGAAGCACACAAUGGCGGCAUCCGAGUGGGAGAUGGGCAUGGUCUGGCUGCCGGCUUUCGUGCCGCACGUCUUAGGCGUCUAUCUCACCGUGCGCCUAGCGGCGCGCUAUCCACACUUGCAAUGGCUGUAUGGCGCUCUCGGGCUAGCGGUCAUUGGAGUGAGCUCUUGCGUCGUACCUGCCUGCCGCUCCUUCGCGCCCUUAGUGGUCUCGCUCUGCGGCCUCUGCUUCGGCAUCGCGUUAGUGGACACGGCUCUCCUUCCCACGCUCGCCUUUCUGGUGGACGUGCGCCACGUAUCAGUCUAUGGCAGUGUCUAUGCCAUAGCUGACAUCUCCUAUUCUGUGGCCUACGCGCUCGGGCCCAUAGUGGCAGGCCAUAUCGUUCACUCGCUCGGCUUUGAGCAGCUCAGCCUUGGCAUGGGCCUGGCCAACCUGCUCUACGCACCGGUCCUAUUGCUCUUGCGUAAUGUAGGCCUCCUUACGCGCUCGCGUUCCGAGCGCGAUGUGCUGCUUGAUGAACCGCCGCAGGGUCUGUACGACGCGGUGCGCCUGCGUGAGGUGCAGGGCAAGGACAGCGGCGAACCUUGUAGCCCGCCUGGCCCUUUUGAUGGCUGCGAGGACGACUACAACUACUACUCCCGCAGCUAG